AUGUUGGAUUCUGAGUGAAGAAAAAAAUAAGACUUUUCUUUAUUAUUAAUUGUUACCAAGUUAAUUUAAUUUCUGUUUUAUCUUGUAGUUUUUUCUAAUUUAAAUUCUAUCUGUUUUGGACUUUCAUCUAUUGUCUGAAGAUGGGACGUCGGCCUGCUAGAUGUUACCGUUAUUGCAAAAACAAGCCUUAUCCCAAGUCACGUUUCUGUCGUGGUGUCCCAGAUGCUAAGAUUCGUAUUUUCGAUUUAGGAAGGAAAAGGGCUAAGGUUGAUGAAUUUCCAUUAUGUAUACACAUGGUAUCUAAUGAAUUCGAACAAAUUUCAUCGGAAGCUUUGGAAGCAGCACGUAUCUGUGCCAACAAGUACCUUGUUAAAACCUGUGGUAAAGAUGCUUUCCAUUUGAGAAUUCGUUUACACCCUUUCCAUGUAAUCAGGAUAAACAAAAUGUUAUCCUGUGCCGGAGCUGAUAGGCUUCAAACCGGUAUGAGAGGUGCUUAUGGUAAACCACAAGGUACAGUUGCUCGAGUGCACAUCAACCAAAUUAUGAUGUCUGUCCGUGCAAAGGAAAAUCACAAAGAUAAUGUUAUUGAAGCCUUACGUCGAGCUAAGUUCAAGUUCCCUGGACGACAAAAGAUUGUUCUUUCUAAAAAGUGGGGAUUCACUAAAUGGGACUUAGGAGAAUAUGAGAAACUCCGAGCUAACGGUACUCUCAAACCCGAUGGUUUCUAUUGUCAAUAUCGACCUAACAAAGGACCUUUCAACAAUUGGGUUAAAAUUCAACAAGAAUUACGUGGUAUUCAAGCCUAAAACUCAUUGAAGGAACAAUAUUGUAUAUCGUCAUCUAAAGGAGAAAAAUACAACUAAUUGCUCUUGGAAAUUGAAGCUAAUUGUUGCUUAUUAAAAUCCAAUUUGAAAUAAAGUCUUAUACGUAAUUUAAA